UUCACAACUUCCGUUAGCUUGGGGGCGGAGUUCUGUGUCCUUUAAAUACUGAAGAAAUUUGCUGAGACUCAGCUCAUGCUUGACAGGCAGAUCCAGAAGAACAGUCUGCAAGGUUAACUCAUUGGAAGAGCCUACAAAACCUACUCAGCAGGAUGCAGAGACUGUGUGUACUGGUGAUUCUCACCUUUUGUGGGUCAGCUCUGGGUAACCUCCUACAGAAGCAGCAGACAGAUUUUGGACUACGUGUGUUUUCAGAAGCUGCCCAAUCCCAUCCACAUCAAAAUCUCAUUCUGUCUCCUUAUGGCAUCUCCUCAAUGCUGGGGAUGGCUCAGCUGGGAGCCAAGGGUGCCACUUUUCAGACUCUCAAACAACACAUGGGCUACUCUCUGCGAGAUCGUGGAAUGUCACGUCAACAGAGGCUUCUUCAGAGAGACCUGGCCAGUGAAGAAGGAGUGGAAGUGGCGAGUGCCAUAAUGGUAGACAGGAAGGUAGUCUUGGAGAAAAUCUUCCGACGUAGCCUAUUAAAGGCAUUUCAGAGUGUGCCACACCAGGUGGACUUCAGUCAUCCUGACAGUGCCCUGGAGGUCAUCAACUCCUGGAUGUCAGACAACACUGGAGGCAUGAUCCCAAAUUUCCUACAACCUGGAGUGCUGAGUGACCAGACACGUUUGUUGCUGUUGAAUGCCCUCCACUUCCAUGGGCUUUGGAAGAACCCUUUUGACCCUAGGCUGACUGCAGAGGCGACCUUCCACACAGCUAAUGGCAGUGCAGUGUCAGUGUCAAUGAUGAGAUCAACACAGAAGUUCAACUACGGUGAGUUUGUUACACAGGACGGCAUUGAAUAUGAUGUUAUUGAGGUGCCAUACGCAGGGGACUCACUGAGCAUGCUCAUUGUAUCGUCAUUUGAGAGGGAUGUACCACUUUCUGCCCUAACCGGAGAGCUGAGCAGCAACAAAAUCCAAGAAUGGAGAGAGCAGUUGAGGAAGGUUAACCGAGAGCUGGUGAUUCCCAGGUUUUCCUUAGACACAGAAGUCGAUCUGAAGUCAGCACUGAGUAAACUGGGUCUUGGCAAAAUCUUCAGUCAGACUGAGGCUGAUUUCUCCCGCAUUACUACUGAUGAGCCAUUGUAUGUAUCAAAGAUUUUACAGCGAGUAAAGUUUGAGGUGAAUGAAGAGGGAACCAAAGGAUCUUCUGCUGGAGGUGUCAUCAUCUACUCUCGCAUGGCCAUAACAGAGCAUAUUUUGAACCGUCCAUUCCUCUUCCUUGUACAGCACAAGCCAACAGGUGCUGUGCUAUUCACGGGUCAAGUGAACCAACCUCAGAAUCAUUAGCAAUCCCAGAAGCACAAAGACUAAGAAGAUUACUGUCACUCUCUUCAAAGAAAUUACUACUGAGUCAGUGCAGGUUUGGGAACAAGAUAAAGAAGCAAUAAUCUUACAUGCAACCUGGAGACCACUAGAAGGUGUACUUAAUGUAAGCCUCCAAACAAAAGGAUCAAUAAGUUUGAAGAAGAUUUCCUAAAUUUAAGUCCUUUGUUUGACUGGAAGGUCUCUCAUCACUAACUGGAAAUUAUAUAUCAGUAAAGACAGUAUAGUGUAGUGUGUGUGUGGAGGAAGACAUUGUAAAAACUAUUUGUCAAUGAAGGAAAACACCUGUGUAGUUUAAAACACAACAAAUGUUACUAUUGCUGUAGGAUUAUAUUGGCACUUUUUAAAUACAGACAGAUUUAUAAAAGCCAUUAUCCCAUUUUUAUAAUUAAAAAAGCAGUAUUCUGAAACAAUAUUUUUAACCUGCAAGGACAAGGUGAUGUAUGAAAUUUGCUAGGGAAUAUUUUGAUAUCAUGAUGUUUACUUUACAUAUUAUAUUUAAUGCAAAGUUGUAUUUUUUUUAAGACAUAUAUUUAUUUCUAUAUGAAGACUUUUAUUUGUGUGAAGAUGGCAUAUUUGUACAUGGAGCAUAAUAAACUAUAAUAAACAUACUUUAUAAUGAAAAA